GACCUCUUAUAUAAUAACAAAAGAUUUAUCAAUGUAUGAUAGAACUUUGCAAGCUAAAUUAGUUUUUGAACGAAAUAUUGUACGUCAAAAGAAAAGUUUGGUUGACAGCCUUGUUGACAGGCGUCAACACGUCGCUAAAUAUUGUUUUCGUUUUGCUUACAGCGGUUAUAUCUGAAACUUAAUUAUAAGUUCAGAAUUCUUUUUGACUAGAGACUCAAAAUAUUUACUUUGUGAAAGCCGAGUAUUAUUCAAUACUAUGUCCAUUUAAAAUGUCUGACGAAACUAACGAAGAGCGCCAGGAUAACGAAUUGGCUGCGUUACAGGCUAUCUAUGGCGAUGCGGUCAUAGAUAAUAGAGAACCGGUAGCAUGGAACGUAUGGAGACCCCUAGACUUGCUCCUCGUACUGAACCCAUUACACAACUCCGAUAUUAAGGGUAUUCACUGUUCCGUGACCAUACAUUUUACUUGUUCUGCUAAUUAUCCUGAUAAGCCAUUGAAUGUAGCUAUACACAAAAUGCACGGCCUAUCAACUGAUAAUGCUGCAAUAUUGUUAAUGCAAUUAGAGGAAAUGGCUCAGAAGUUAAGCGGAGAAGUCUGUAUAUUUCAACUGGCACAGCAUGUUCAGCAAUUUCUGCAUGACCACAAUAAGCCAGCGCUGUCGUGUUACGAAGAGAUGGUGAAACAGAAAACUGAACAGGAACAAUUAAAGUUACAUGAUCUUAAAGUAAAAGAGAAUGAAGAGCGACAAAAAAUUAAGGAUGAGAUUCAAAAGCGUCAGGAGAUUCUCCGUGGGGCGGGCAGACAGCGUAUACAUAGGUCCAGUGUUAGCCAAGAUAAUGACAGUAUAGAUGGUCAAGGUGACGCUCCAGAACUUGUGUUUUACGCUGACGAUAAAAUGUCUCCAGCUAAAAAGAUAACCCGUACACAAACAGCAGAAGUGGCGUGCACGUGUCAAAGUAAAGGUGUUCAAAUCAUUAGGGUACCGCAGAGGAAUAAUAGAAAAGUUUAUGUAGGAAAUUGUUUAGGUCACUCAUCAAACGGUGCAACAACAUACCUAGCGAUCGACGACGAAGGCGAAUCGUUAAUCGCCAAAAAGUGGACCGUCCCCGCAUCUUCAGACUUCCAAACGCGGACGCGCCAACUCGCAAACAUAACACAAGACUUAAAAAUCAUGUCCAGACUCAACCAUCCCUCCCUUACUCCAUACAUAGCCAUGGAAACCCUAUCAGAAGUGAACAAACGGACGUCAAAACAGUGCAUAUACUUAUUCCGCAACUUUGUUCUAGGAAGUUCAUUAAAAAGUGUUAAAAAUAAACUCUCGGUGUACAGUGAUCGGUUUGAAGGAUUGAAAUUGCUCCGCCAUGUUGCCUUAGGUGUGUUGUCAGCGUUGAAGGAGUUGCAUAGGUUCGCGAUAGUUCAUAGGGAUGUGAGAUCUGAGAAUGUUUAUUUGGACGACUUUGGACGGGUCAAGCUGGUCGGUGUUGGUCUCGAUAUGAGGCUGGCUGAGAUUCUUGACGGGGAUCCGUAUUGUGACAGACAGUCCCCAGCUCAAGACAUAUUCGCUACGGGACAGCUAUUGAUCUCCAUUGUGUCACAAGACCUGACGUAUCUGGACAUACCUGCUGAUUUACCAAGCUCCGCCAAGGAUUUCUUUGCGAGAUGUCUAACAGAGGAUGAGCAAUCACAAUGGUCUGCGGAACAGCUGAUGAACCACGUGUUCCUUGUAGACUCGCCUCCUAAAGUGAUACCCAGUAAUAGGGGCGGCGAGGGCAGUGGCUCUGAGGAUGACGAAGCAGUGAAAAACAUUCAUCAGAAUAGUCCAGUCACGAACGGCCAUUCUCGUUUGAACGCCGAGUUUGAAGUACUGACGUGGCUCGGCAAAGGAGCAUUUGGUGAUGUCUUGAAGGUAAAAAACAAACUCGACGGCGGUUUCUACGCGAUCAAACGCAUCAAACUUAACCCGGAAAGCGUCCAGUUAAACAAGAAGAUAACUAGGGAAGUUAAAUUAUUAUCUAGACUGAAUCACGAGAACGUAGUUAGAUAUUAUAACGCCUGGAUUGAGUCGAGCGCGGAGGCCGAUGAAGACGACAGCAGUGCUGAGAUUAAGAAUCCCAGUGUUAAAAGGCCUGGGGCUAGUUUACAAGGUAUAGUAGCUAAGCUUGGCCAAGAAGUGAAGGUAGAAUGGUCCAUGUCCGAGGGUCCCGUACAGAAGACUAACACUUCUUCGGACUCAGAAGACGAUGAUGACGAUGAACCUGAUCCCUGGUUUACCAUCAUGAGACCGGAAGACGAGUCUAGUAGCGGUAUAGAAUUCGAAGUGGACUCAAACGCGUCCCAGACGAUACCGUCCGAUGACGUCGUGGACGCGCCGGCGACGCCCCUGGUGCGGCUUCAGCAAGUACUGUACAUUCAGAUGGAGUUCUGUGAGAAACAUACUCUGCGGCAGGCCAUCGAUAGUGGACUGUAUCAGGAGCAGUUUAGAGCCUGGAGGCUGUUUAGAGAGAUCGUCGAAGGUCUAGCUCAUGUGCACCAAAGAGGCAUGAUCCAUAGAGACUUGAAGCCGGUCAAUAUUUUCUUGGAUUCCAACGAUCAUGUUAAAAUUGGAGACUUCGGUCUAGCUACUAAAGCGUUCACUGCUUUGCCGAUAGAUGAAAAGAUGAAGCAAGAAGAUGUAGGCGGAUCUUUAACUGGUCAGAUCGGAACAGCCCUAUACGUAGCCCCAGAACUACUGCAAUCCAGUACCAAAAUAAUAUAUAAUCAGAAAGUGGACAUCUACUCCUUAGGAAUUAUUCUAUUUGAGAUGUUCCAUCCGCCAUUAGAUACUGGCAUGGAGCGGAUGUUAGUACUAACUAAUUUAAGGAGUAAGGAGAUAAUCAUGCCUAAAGGAUUCGAAGAGGAAAAUGAGAAGCAGACCCAUGUUAUUAGAUGGCUAUUGUCCCACGAGGCCAGCCUGCGGCCCUCGUGCGCGGAGCUCCUCGCCAGCUCGCAGGUGCCGCGCGCGGUGGCGGAGGGCGCGCUGUGGGCGCUGCUGGCGCACGCGCUGGCCGAGCGCCGCGCGCGCCCCUACCUGCGUCUGGUGGCCGCCUGUCUGCAGCAGCGGCACUCCGCCGCCGAGGACUACACCUACCACAACGACAUGAGGCGAGGGCCCAGCGACCGGCUGGCCGACAUCAAGGAUGCCGUUGUUAAGGUAUUCCGCAGUCACGGCGCAGUAGAAUUCUCCCCUCCGCUGCUGAUCCCUCGCGCCGCAGCCUGGGACCAGUACCCUAACGCUGUGAAGGUCAUGACGGCUUCCGGAUACGUCUGCCAUCUGCCGCACGAUUUGAGGCUGCCGUUUGCAAGACACACAGCAUACUCCGGCACUAAGUACAUGCGUCGCUACAUAGUGGACCGCGUGUUCAGAGAGCGGCACGUGCAGGGGUUCCACCCGAGGGAGAUCACUGAAUGUGCCUACGAUAUCGUUACACCUAAGACUGACUCCCUAUGGCCGGACGCCGAGUUGCUUGUGGUAGCUAGUCGAGCGGCCGCCGAGUGUUCCCUCCGCGUCACGUUACAACUGAACCACACUGAACUGUUACGGACACUGCUACUGUACUGCGGGGUGCCCGCAGACAAGCAUCUGGAUAUAUAUCCUAUACUCGUCGAUGUGUGUUUAGGACGCAUUACCAGCCUACAACUCCAAACGCACUUAACAUCUCUCUGCCUAUCAAACCGCGACGUGUCGAACCUGCUCCGGCUGAUGGAGGCCGACGUCCCGAUCUCUGAGCUAAGGGAGCUGCUGGCGCCCAUGGCGGGCCAUCACAGAGGCAGCAAGGGCCUGGCGCAGGCUGUAAGGGAGCUGGAGGCUGUCUGCAGGAAUGCUGUGGCUCUGGGGUGUGAGUGCCCGAUCACAGUGGCGCCAUUCCUCGCGUACAACGCGACACAGCACAGCGGCAUCUUCUGGCAGCUGUCGGUACUACGGCAUGCUGAACAUAGACUUAACGUCAAAAAUCGGGCGGGCGAUCUUAUAGCCGCUGGAGGGAGGUAUGACGCCCUUGUAUCUCAAUUCUGGAAAGUAGCACAAACGGAGAAGGACGGUUCAGAGUUGAAAUCCAGUUCCGUUGGGUUCUCCAUGUCUCUGGAGAGGAUGGUGGCGCUGCUCAAGAAGAUGGAUGAAGAACCUUCUGAAAUGAGGAAGUUGGAUCCUACCCUCGUGUGCGUGUGCGUGUGGGGCUCUGCGGGGUCGGGGCGCGAGGGCGUGGCGGCGGGGCGGCGCGCGCAGCUGCUGCCGCGGCUGUGGGCGCGCGGCCUGCGCGCCGCCGUCUGCGCGCUGCCCGCGGCUGAUGCACACGACGUGCUGCGGCCCGCGCUGCUGCUGCAGCUGGACGAUGCGGCCUAUGUCAGGGUCGCCUUCUCCGACGGCAUCAGGAUAAGAGAACACAAAGUGCCAUACAUGGAUGUCGUAGACUUCGUCAAGCAGAAACUCAACCCUGACAUCAUAAAAAGCCCUGAAGCAGGUACAAACAGGUCGCUCAGCUGGACCGAGGGUGAGAAGUCGACGAGCAGCUCUCUCAUAUCUGUCACCUUCAUCACCGCCAGCGAGAGGAUCACCAAGAAUAUCAAGAGGCAUUGUGAGAAUCAGAUCAACACGCAAGUAACUUCACUACUAGUACGGCUAGGCCUGAGUGGGGCGAGUGGGCCGGGCCAGUGCCGCGCGCGAGUCGUAGUACUGGCGUUGUCUUGUGAAGCUAUCAUCGUGCGAAUGUUAGCCGCUCAUCUUACUACACCGCUACACCCUGACGACCUGUCACACGCCUUCAGUGAAGUUUGUGAUAUGUACCCAAGACGCCGCAACAUUUUAGACGACGCACUCAGCGAGUUAACCGCAUUAGUAAAACAGUGCAACUUAACCCGAUGUGCCGAUGAAACGCAGUUAUACGCCUUAUUCUCGAUAACGGACUCUUUGUUAAGACUAAUUACUUGACUACAGGUGUUUCAACUCAUGUAUGCGCGAAGUCCUAUGUGUGCGUGAGAGCUACAGUCAUGGGGUAUUUGACUAAAUCUGUUAAAUCCAUCUGACUUUCCAAAAAAAUAUUGAAUAGGUAUUUUUCAUUUUAUCACAUCUUUAAUAAGUGAGGAAGAUUAAAAUCACUUAAGAUAAUAAAAUGUAUGGUAGUAGAGCCUAUUAACAUCACUUGCUAGUAAAAAGUUUACUUGUAAGUGACG